AUCAAUCUGAUUUGCAGCUUGUUAGCUGCCACCAUAGAAACCGCUCAAACCCUGCAAAGUCCUACAUCCGCCACAUCCCAUUAUCACGCUCACUCACGCUCACUCACCCUCAUUCACGCCUCCAAUCCACCACUUACCUAGCCUAUCUUUCUACCUUCUUACCUUUUUACCUUUUUACACUCUUUACAUCCUAUAACCCUCCUACCCUUUUACUCCAGGAUCAAUCCUACAAGGUCGCCAGCAUGUCUUAUGACAACUCUUCCUCUCGCUUAUUAUCCACCUCGGAACCACGCUCGAAACACCCUCACUUUACCAAGCGUUCCUGUCUAGGUCUGCAAGAUGAUAACACCCAGCCUUUAUCUCCGCGUGGCCACAGUGCCCUCACCUCACUCCUCAGAACCCGCUCUCAUACCUCAUUACACAAUUACGGUAGUACCUGGCGAGGCGCUAUACCCACAGCUCCGGAUGACGAGGAAACCGGAUUGUUACCACCAAUGCUCCCACAUCCUUCGUCCGAGCCUGACGAUGAGCACCACCGACGUUCCCAGGUUGAUGAGCGCCGAUUAAAUCAGUUGCUCAACAGUUCGCCUAUGCGUUCCAUGCGUCUUAUUGGUAACUCAAACCCGAGAUACAAGUGGGAGCGCUACUGGAAGACGGAGGAUCAGAUGCGCCACAUGAAGAAGCCUGUACGCGAGUACUAUGAGCGCAUAAACUACCUCGUACAACAAUAUCUAUACAUUGAUCGCCUACUCGACAGCAGUCUGCCUCACGAUCUGCUGAACGAGUACAACGAUCUGUCCCACCAUUUCAAGGAUAUCGAUAUCCCAGCCACUAUCUCGGAAGAGCAUUCCAGCGCCAUCAGCAUCGCCAAGAGCUUUCCUGGAAAUUCAAUUGGCACCAAUGAUUCGAACGGUCAUGUUAGCCCGCUGGUUAGCUACUCUAGUCCUCAGAAUGCUGAGUUUGGUGGCGAGGAUAGCGACGGCAACAAGGACCCAGGGUUGCUCAACGCCGGUCCUGUCAAGAAGGUCAAGCGCACUCCCAAGGACAUAUACCGGACUACCGAAACCACGCCCUUAUUUAAUAACGACGAAGAUGACGAGCAAUGGGAUGGCCCGAAACCCGAGAUUCCGUGGUUGGAAGACGAUGACGAAUUAGACAGCGGUGACCGGAUCGUUACGUUGGCCAUCUACGUCAAUUUUGCGGCCAACUUUAUCCUGCUAGCUGGUAAGAUCGCCGUCGUCCUUUCGGUAUCUUCUAUGUCGGUCUUGGCAUCUCUUGUCGAUGCAGUUUUGGAUUUCCUGUCGACGGUCAUAGUGUGGACGACGACUUGGUUGAUCUCGAGACAAGACCAGUACAAGUACCCUGUUGGACGACGAAAGUUGGAGCCUAUUGGUGUCCUGGUCUUCUCGGUCAUUAUGAUCACAUCAUUUACCCAGGUUGCGUUGGAGUCGGUACAGCGAUUAGCUGCGCCCGAACAUGAAUUGGUAGAAGUUGGAAUACCUGCGCUUAGUAUCAUGCUGGGAACAGUAUUGAUCAAGGGGCUCUGCUGGUUGUGGUGCCGAAUGCUUAAGAAUUCCAGCGUACAAGCCUUGGCUUCGGAUGCCAUGACAGACGUCAUCUUCAACACAGGAUCAAUAUUAUUUCCCAUAGUAGGGUUCUAUGCUAAGAUUUGGUGGUUGGAUGCUCUGGGUGGUCUCCUCUUGUCGGUUGUAGUUAUCUAUAACUGGAGUCAGACUUCGCUGGAACAUAUUAAGCAUCUUACCGGAUUUUCUGCCACCGCUGAUCAGCGAAACAUUUUGCUGUACCUUACGAUGCGCUUCGCCAAGACGAUAAACCAGAUUCAGGGCCUGCAGGCAUACCACGCCGGCGAUAAGCUCAACGUUGAGGUGGAUAUUAUCUUGGACGCAUCCACUACGUUACGCGAUUCCCACGAUCUUAGCGAAAGCUUAGGUUACGUACUGGAGUCGGUCCCCAUCGUGGACAGGGCGUUCGUUCACGCCGACUACGCAAGCUACAACUUGCCUACCCAUAUGCAGCAGCAAACCAACUGAUUUCAGGGUACCCUUG